AAAGUAGCCAGCAGCGACGAAUGUGUCUCCUGCCACUGUGGUAGAGGGAGCACGUAGAAUUAUAGACCUUGGAAGGUUAUAAAACUGUAGGUUCUCCGCAAAAAUCUUUCAGUACAACCCUGAGCGCUGACCGCCUAGUUUGGGAGAUGAAGGUGUUUGCUGUUGCCCUUUUCACUGGCCUUGUGGCGUUGGCCGCAGGUUAUGGAGGUGGCGCUCCCGAGGGCGCCUGCGGGGACAUGGUGCCCCAGCACCACACCCCACCUCAAACUAGUGCUUCUCCGUUCGCUAUUGACAUCAACAGAAACACUGUCAAGCCCAAAGGCAAGGUCUAUGUCACUUUGAGUGCUAAGGAAGGAGACAGCUUUAAGGGAUUUUUCAUUCAGGCUAGAGUUGGUGACACCGCUGUUGGUAAAUUUGACCCUGCCGAUGGAGUCAAACUUGUAAACUGCGGAAACGGCGUCGCUACCGGAGCAACACACGAGAACUCUCAGGCUAAAACCAAGGUCACUGUUGCCUGGGAAGCUCCCCCUGAGCUCUCCGAAAAUGUCAUCUUCACCGUGACCACUGCCAGAGAUGGUGGCACUUUCUGGGUUGCCCAAAAAGCUGCACCCCUCAAGGUUCAGGCCUAAUGAAACCAUUACCUCUAGCCGUAACCAAUUUAAAGGAAACUUCGUUAAUUUAUAAAUCAACAUUGUCAGCAGAAGAUUGAAAUUUUAUUGUUGUUUCAAUAAAACAACACAAUUUUUACAAUUACUUUUCUCUGAUUAAAACAUCAUGAUUUUAAUGUCACUUAAUAAUAAAGAAACAACAUCCUACAGUA